GUUUGCCACUUUGCCUUCAUUCGUUUUGCUACGUUCGUCCUCCGUUUCCUGUUAUGAUUUAGCCACAUCCCACAGGUCACAAUUCCCUUCUUCUGCGCGUUCCCAAUGGCGGCUUCCACACUCUCACUCGCUCUCACUCCCUCCCCAUCAGAUCCAUCACUUCCCUCUUCCCGCCACAGAUCACUACUCUUCCUUUCCCCUCUCAAUCACAAUCACCAUUUCCUCUUAUCUCACAGGUCCCAAUUUCGCCUCAGCCCUCAAUCAUCCUGCUCUUCUGCCUCCUCGUCGGAGUCUCCUCUUUGCUUGGCCGGCGAAUCUACUAGCAGCAGCGCCUCCGCUGCCUAUUCGAGGCUAGAGGACUGGUUGAAGACAAGGAAAUUCAACGAGGAGCUUCUCAAGCUCCAGAGCCUUCAGGACUUUCGGUAUCGGCGAGAAUUGAGAACCGGGUCGCUUUGCAUUCGGGUGAUGAGGCCGGACGAGACCGAUGUAACAGUGAAGUUGCUCUCCGAGUCCUUUGUGGAGUCCAUGAUGCUGCCCGAUUGGUACUUGCCCUUGAUUAGUUAUUUGGUGAAGCAGUACUUGAUGGAGAGGCGGGCCGCGAUUCCCCAUGCCGUUACGCUUCUAGGGUUCGUUAAAUUGAAAGACGGCGGCAGCGGGGGCGGAGAGGAAGAGGCAGCGGAGGCAGAGGGGGAGGACGAUGAGGAAGGGGAGUUAGCAGGGACUGUGGAAAUUUGUUUCAAUAAGAGAGGGGCAAAUGAUUCUCCUCCCACGCCAACAGCGCCGAAGGACUCUCCCUAUAUCUGCAACAUGACUGUUAACAAGCCACUCCGUAGGAGGGGAGUUGGUUGGAAUCUUUUGAAAGCAAGCGAGGAGUUAAUUUCUCAGAUGAGCUUUGUAAGAGAGGUGUAUCUGCACUGCAGGAUGGUUGAUUCAGCGCCCUUUAACAUGUACAUGCGAGCAGGGUAUAAUGUUGUUAAGACAGAUAGCAUAUUGGUAUUGCUGCUGUUGCAAAGUCGUAAACAUUUGAUGCUGAAGAAGCUUCCAGUACCAACCAACAACGUAGAACUUGACAUUCCAGGCCCUGACCCAGAACAUGUACAAAGUUUUCUCUGGAUCUUCGAAGGUCUGAGAUUGUUCUGCUCAUCCAGUGACUUGAUUCCGGCAGGUCUAUCUGCUGGUCCAGAUCUUCAGAUCAUCGUUGCUGAAUAUCUUCAACAAGAUGAUACUAAAGCAACAAAUCUUGUGCCCCCAGAGUUGAAGAGAUGAUGUGAGAGAGGAUGGAUUGAUUUCUUGUAUGUGCACGGCAAAGCAUAUACGGCAUUUAACUGUGGCAAGAUGAAAUGUUGAUGCGUGAUGCCAAGUUAGCAAACAUGGCUACAGAUUCCAGUGAGUACGAGCUCCGUGGCAUAUCUGGAUCGAUCACUCUUCUCAGCUUCUUCCGAUCGUUCAGUAUGUGCCUAACCUAAAAAACGCAAGACCCUCCAUUAAAGCAAAUAGUCAACAGCUCGACGUCCUGUCAAUAGCUCAAGAAGAACCACUCCAAAUGCGUAGACAUCACUUUGUAGAGUGAGCUUUCCUGUCUGCAGAAAAAGGAGCAAAAUGAAAUCCUCGUUUCUUUCUAGCUAGUUAAACUACCAGAACAAGAAUAGGUAUGUUAGAGCUGGUCCUUUUGGUUGGUUGGUGGUGUCCCUACUGCAGCAACUGAGUUUGAGUUUUCCAGUUUUAGUUAUCAGGUUGGUCUUACUCUAGCUUAUUACUACAGAGGGAAUUUAGAACACCUACUGAUGUGUACUCUGGAUCAAAAUAGCCAAAUGUUCCCAGAACCAUAGCAGUUGCGUAGAUCUCCUGGCCCUCUGGCAUCAACUUAGCCAAACCGAAAUCAGAAAUCUGCAAGGACAUAAGAUGUUCAUUGAUACCAUUCUUAUUUCAGGUCCUCUCUCCUUCUGAACAUGUAAAAAGAAAGAAGUGGAUUUUGUUCACCUUGGCUUCAAAGUUCGCACCGAGAAGAACGUUGGUGGAUUUAAAGUCUCUGUGAACAAUGGGUAUACCAACGGCAGACGGUGAAUGGAGAUAAGCAAGUCCUCGGGCUGCUCCAAUGGCCACUUUUAGUCUUUGUGUCCAGUCCAUCUUUGCUUCCCCUAUUCCUGCAAUGAAAAUAGCAGAUAACUUGAUCAACAACUGAAAAGGGUUUAAGCAUUCACUCUAAACUGGACGAUGAGUGCCAAAGUACCAUUCAAGUGAUCUUGCAAAUUCCCUUUUGGCAGGUACUCAUACACAAGAAACCUCUGCUUCCUAUCAGCACAAUACCCUAUCAGCGAAACCAAAUUUGGAUGAUCCAGUCUGCUCAAGAUAUCGACUUCGACACGAAACUCUCUUUCCCCUUCAGCUUCUCUAAACGAAGAUCGCAGAGUUCCUCUGUACACUCUGCCAAACCCUCCUUUACCAAGAAAGUUUCCAUCACUAAACGAGCAAGUAGCGUCCUCCAUUUCCUUGAGAGUAAAGACCGAUGAUCCAUGGUGUCGCUUCGUGGGUUGGGUUGUUCGAUCUUCUAGCUUCCAGUACUCGACAGGCCUGUAUACCCCUGGAAACCACAUAGAGAUGAAACCAGUUUCCAAGCUACAUAACUUCAAGUUGCAGGAAGGAUGAUUUCCACAGGAGGGGAGGAAUACAUACAGGGGUCACUGUGAUCCUGGGACUUGCUUCUCCUUCUCUUGUUCCAAGCAGAAACCAGCCCGAAAGGCAUAGUUAUUCCUCCUCCCCCUCCUUCCCCGGAAAUGCAAAAGAAAAGAGAAGAAAGGAGCAGAAAACCAAAAGCAAGCUUUGGCUUUAAGGAUUCAAAUCCUGAAACAGUGUUAGGAGAAACGAGCAAAUGGCUAGAGAGGGGAGGAUUUGAGGUCUCAUCAAGAAGUGUGUGUUUUGAUUGAUUCUCUGACAAGUGAGAAGUCACCAGACUGAAGAUCAGUUUGAUUGCGAUUAAAGUGAAGGGAAGGAAGCAUAUGUAAAAAAGGGUAGGUGAGGAAGGAGAAUCCUCGGAUGAGUACGUAUGGAGCAAGUGAAAGGUGGUAGCUUCAGGACAAUGUACUCUUGAACUACAGGACAGAGAAAUGUGCUUGCAGAGAACGUUAAGAAAUCUGCAGAAAAGGAGGAAGAAAGCAAGGUGGGUAAAAUGGCAGGCGGGAGAUGUGGAUGGCUAGGACGUAAAUGUGUGGAAUUGUUGUAUUGUUUGCUUCUGCUGAAGCUCAAGAAACUUGAAUCAGGCAGGAGAAAAGGGUGUAGCCGUUGGGAAGCAGCUUUCCUUUGGUAUUUCAACCAUUUUUCUGGUUUGUUUGGAGGUUUUUCGUUUUUUGCUGGUGGCGCAUUCUUUUUUAAAUUCCUUUUCUAACCCCAUCUUUUGACGUAUUAACCAUCACCAUUAUUUUCUGCAUGGUUACCAAAGAGUAGGUUAGGGAAGAGAAAGAAGGUCGUGCGUAAAUUUACGGGUCUUAAAAUUAGAACUUCUGAGUCAAAUUUUGUUACUACAAUGAUUGGAUCAAACCUAGGUCGACAAAUAAUAGUGUUGUUGUUGUUUGAAGACAGCCGACUGUAACUUUUUUCAAUUUCUAUGUUUGAUUAGGGUUAGAUCUUCUUGAGAAGGUUCUAUAUACAUAUCUUUUCAACCUCUG